ACAAAUCUGUCCGGAUUAGUUAGACAUCACAAUCGUCGGACAAAUUUCAAAUGAACAGCUAUGCGGGUCAAGGCGGUCGUGAUGCGUUUGAGUAAAAUGGAUGGAGAUAUUUUGGCCUGUGAACAAUCCACUGAUGCAUCAAAAGAAUGCUGGGAUGGGUCUGGGAGCCUUGGGAGAUGGGUUGGGGGAAUCUAAACUGCGGUGGAGGCCACACGAGCCAACUCACCCAAGUUCGGACAAUGCCUCAGAUGGUCUUGUCAACAGGCGGUGGGCGGAGCUCAGCUGUUCGCAUGAGGCGGUUGCGUUGCUGUCAUACACUGUGGUCGUUCAGCGACGGCUGCGAAGCAGACAAAUCGUGCUACGAUGCCUCUCGGUCCGGUUGCUGUCGGUGCAAGCCGCGUGGGAUAUGCGAAUGGUAUGGGCAAGUUGAGCCUCGAGACGUGACUUCACUCGCGGUGCUUCAGCCGUUCCUUCACCGAAGACGGGCAAUCCACGCCUCAAAGGCUCCCCGAUGGACAGACCCGAUUGGCGGGCCCCGCAGUUUCGCUCUUGCAGUACAAUCAAAUCGCCCGGACACGACUCGUCGUUCUGUGGCCUUUGCAAAGGCACACAGGAUUUGGCGGAUGGUCGGUGUGGCGGAAUACAAAAUGGAGAAGGAGGAAAAGGCGAGAGAAGGGAGAAGGGAAGGCCCGUCGCAGUGGAGCCAGGCGAACAGGGCAAGGGGCGUUGAAGGCCUGGCCAAUCCAGCCAAUCCAAUCCCGGAAAUCCGCCAGUGGCUAACAGCUGUUGUGGACGGCCCGCCCAGCAAGUUAGCGAGUCCUUGGCCUCCCGCUGUCUGCCAGUUGGCCCAGUUCACCGUCAAUCCCACUGCACUCGCUGCUCUGUGCCGGGCCGUGCCCAUAACAAGAUAAGAUGUGCGUAACGCGUCGGCGGCUGAACUGGUUUGGAUUGGAGAAGAGCAACUCAAGCAGAGAUUCGGGAUAAUCAUAGGCGUAUCCCCCCUUGGGAUUUUCCAAUCACGUCCACAGAAACAGAGGUGGAAGUCGUGGCGAACCCAUGCCUCGAUUGGUGCUUGUCAGCCGGUUUUGAGUGCCCAGAUCUCUUGCUGCUCUGUGCUCGUCCUAUGCUUAUGUGCAUAGGUACUCCAACGAGAGCGUUGCCCCCACUUCAAACAGACCAUUG